AUGAGUGAUUUUGCGGAGAGCAGAGCAUCUUUUGCUUGUGAGACCAACAAUAAAGCUGUUAAUGAAAUUUUUCAGUCACGACUACAAGACUUUCAAGUGCGCACUGAAAUCGGUAGUCAAGUUGCUAGCAACGAUAAAGCGAGUUUGUUUUCACUUUACGAAGGCAAUAUGAAACCUACGUUUGAAGCUAUCGGUGAAUAUGACAGAGAUGAAAAAUAUAACGAAAUUUUCAACGAAGAGUCGAGAAUUGUUAUGCUUGAACAGAAAAACCACCUGAAAGCUUUCGUCUCGCUAAGAUUCGACACUGAAGAAGGUGAGGAUGAUCGUAUCUACGCCGUUGUCUACCUGUAUGAAUUGCAGGUGGAAAAAGAUUGCCGAGGUAAAAAAAUCGGGAAACGCUGUAUCGACGCUCUAAACACCCUAACGAAGCACCUCAAACUCGAUAAAACAAUGCUUACAGUAUCAAAAUACAAUCCAUUCGCUGUAAAGUUUUACGGCAAUAACCAAUUCAUAUUUGAUGAAAUAGAUCCAUCGUGGUAUGAAGGUGGAGAAGAUGAAAAUUAUCAUAUCAUGUCACGUGUAUGA